GGGUUUUCUUAAAAUUAGAGCUCGGCUCUGCCUUGGGAGUUCGAAGGACCUAAGAUGGCGGCAAAACACGCCCAAGGCCUUUUCCUUGAAGAAUGGCUGAGGGGCAACAGCAGUAGCAGUGGUAGCAGCAGCAACAACAACAAGCCCUCUCUCUCCUCGUCUGCUCGAGCCAUUAUUCAAGCAUGGGCGGAGCUAAGAGACUCUCUUCAGCACCAAAUCUUCCAAUCCUCUCACGUCCAGUCUCUUCAAACCCUCCUUAAUUCCCAGACCUCCCUUCACGUCGCAGACCCGCAAGCGAAGCUCUUGCUUUCUAUCCUCAAUUCUCCACACCUCUCCCCUCCGCCUGAAUCCUAUCCUUUCUUUCUCAGACUCCUAUACAUCUGGGUCCGGAAAUCCUCUAGACCUUCACCGCCUCUCAUCGAGACAGCCGUCACUGUUAUCUCUCGCCUUCUCUCGUUCGAAUCCGACACCGGAAAGAGCUCUUCUGUCGUCUCCAAUGGUAUUCUUCUCCUUGGUGCCCUCUCCUUAGUACCCUUUCUAUCCAAAAGCUCUAAAAAUGUUUGCUUGGAGAUGCUCUCUAAUUUGCUGGAGGAGGAGUACCGAUUUAUUGGGUCGUCCGAGGAACUUGUCCCUGAGGUUCUGGCGGGAAUUGGGUAUGCUCUAUUUGCUUCCGACCUUGUUCAAUUUGGCAGAAUAUUGGAUUCUCUACUCGGGGUUUGGAGCAAGGACGGUGGACCUCGUGGUCGUGUUACUCAUGGACUUAUGAUCCUGCAUUUGAUCGAAUGGGUAGUGUCUGGUUCUGUCAACUCCCCAUCCGUAGAGAAACUUGAGUUUAUUACCCGGGAGAUUUUGGAGAUGCCUAAGCCCAAUCAUGCUCCAUUUGCGGUGUUCAUGGCUGCCGCUGGCAUCUUGAGGGCGCUUAAUAAGCUCGUGCCUAGUCCUAGCAGGGCAGGUAUCAUUCUCCAACUGAGAAAAUCUGCAGAAGACUGCAUUGUAGCUAUAUCCAGAGAUAUGAUCUUUAAAACUGAAGGUUUUAGUCAUUCCAUUGAUAACCCUGAACAUCGUCUUCUCCUACAGUGCCUGUCGUUGGCUUUGGCUCGAAGUGGUUCAGUUUCUCCAAGUGCACCUCUUCUUUCAUGCCUAGCAUCCUCUUUGUUGAUCGAAAUCUUUCCUUUACGGUCUCUGUAUACAAUGGUUGUUCAAUAUUCACGUGGUGAUUCUGGCGUAUUGGGCCUUAAUCAGGUCAAAGAACAUGUGGGUAGCAUUCUCUUUAAGGAAGCUGGGGCUAUAACCAGUGCAUUUUGUAACCAGUAUGUCUCAGCUGACGAAGAACAAAAGGGGAUUGUGGAGAAUCUUAUAUGGAACUAUUGCCAAGAUAUCCGCUCAGGACAUCGACUGGUCGCUCUGAUGCUUCAAGGUGAGGGGAAGGAGUUGCUUGGACACUUGGAGAAAAUUGCUGAAUCUGCUUUCCUUAUGGUUGUGAUAUUUGCAUCCGUAGUUACAAAGCAUAAGUUGAAUUCAAAGUUCUCUAGGGAUGCUCAGCUGGAUAUUUCAGUUAGCAUAUUGAUUUCAUUCUCUUGUGUGGAGUAUUUUCGGCGUGUUCGACUGCCUGAGUAUACUGAUACAAUACGGGCAAUUGUCGUUAGUGUUCAAGAAAAUGAGAAUGCUUGUGUCUCUUUUGUCAAUUCAAUGCCUUCUUACACAGAGUUGACAAAUCAACAAGGCUUAUCCUGCUUGGACAAAAUGGAAUACACUUGGUCAAAAGAUGAUGUACAGACUGCUCGCAUCUUGUUUUACCUGCGGGUUAUCCCGACGUGCAUUGAACGUGUACCUGGUACUGUAUUCAGGAAAGUGGUAGCUCCAACCAUGUUCUUAUACAUGGGACAUCAAAAUGGAAAAGUAUCUCGAGCCUCACAUUCCCUGUUUGCGGCUUUUAUAUCCUCGGGAAAGGAUUCUAAUCUGGAUGAUAGGGUUGUAUUAAAGGAGCAACUUGUUUUCUAUUACAUACAGAGAGCUUUAGAGGGAUACCCUGGAAUAACACCUUUUGAAGGUAUGGCUUCUGGGGUGGCAUCCUUGGUUCGACAUCUUCCUGCUGGAAGUCCAGCAAUAUUUUACACCAUCCAUAGUCUUUGUGAGAAAGCUCAUAGCCUGUGCAUUAAAGCCAUGAGUGAGGAUGCUGAUAUAUGGAAGAAUUGGCAAGAAGAUUCAGAACCUUGCAAGAAAGUUCUUGAGUUGCUGCUGCAUCUCAUUUCUCUAGUGGAUAUACAGGUACUGCCAAACCUAAUGAAGCUACUAGCACAGCUCAUUAUACAAUUGCCAAAAUCUGGUCAGGACGUGAUACUUGAUGAAAUAUAUGCCCUGGUUGCAGAGUCAAAUGAUGUUACACGGAAGCCCACUUUAGUUUCAUGGCUUCAGUCGCUUUCUUACAUCUGUUCUCAAGCUUCUGGUAGUAGUGAAACAACCACCAGAGGAAAAAGCAAGAGAAAUGAUACUUCUGGAUGGAGCAUAGGAAUGUCAUGGUUUGAUAGAAUCAGUUCAAGACUCUGAUGCUUUACUUGGAAUCUCCUAAUAAUAUCUCAUCAGAUAAGAGGGGGGGGGGGGAUCCAUCAUGUAUUUUAGAAUUAUUGUUUGGAAAGAAACUCUUGUAACAUAUCUUGAUAUGCAAGUGAUUAAUGCAAUAAAUUAACAAAUUUUUUUU